GUCUUCCACAAUUCGAUCCUCCAAGCUCAAAUUUAAGGGCGAGAAAACGAAGAAGAAGCGAAAGAGGGAGGACGCUAGCGAGGAAGGCGGUAGCGGUAGUCGAAAACGGCGAGGCGAGGAGGAACAGAGUCCCGACACUUGGGUGCGACCUGGACAGGCGAUUGAAAUCCGUGGUCCGACCUUCAUAUUUCACCCCUCUGACCCUUCCCCGAUAUGCAUCAACUUCGACUCUACGCGAAACCGCAUCAUGUUGCAUCCACUGGUCAAAGGGGAGGCAGACGACGAGGAGGGCAACUUGAUGGACCGUGUCCCUAGCGAAGUAUCUCAGGUAUGGGUGACGACACGGGUAGCGGGUUCGCUCACAAUAAAUCUGCGGACGGGAGUUGGUGAAGGGAAGUUCUUGUCGUGCGACAAACAUGGAUUGGUUUCUGCAGAUCGAGAAGCGCGUGGGCCGGAGGAGGAGUGGACACCCGUUGUGUAUGACGAUGGCAUGGUUGCCUUCCAGAACGUGUACGAGAAGUAUCUGAGUGUUGAUGAAGUUGCUGGGCAGAUGCAGCUAAGAGGGGACAGCGACAACGUUGGAUUUGGCGAACGUUUCUACGUCAAGAUCCAGAGUAAGUACAAGAAAGAGGCCCAUGAAGAAGAGAAGAAGAAGAAAGAAGGAAUGCUCGGGGCACCCUCUAUGGACGAGGCUGGUACAAAUAAAAUAUAUCAAGCGUGGGGUGCGGGUAAGUCAAUCGUAUCGAGGUCGGACAGAAAGGAGCUCAAGCAAGCGCGAGAUGAGGGGCGCUUAGCUGAAGCCUUGCUGGACCGCCGGGCGAAAUUGAAGAGUGACCGGUUCUGUUAGAGUUUGUCCCUUGAACGUUCAAACGUUCAAACCUGUGUAAUUGUAUGUAUCUGUCAUAAACUCUACUUACACCAUGUACCAUUAUUCCCCAGGAUCUACUUCUGACAUCCGUCUUCAUGGAUGCGGAGCUUCUUUGAUCGUCUCUCUAUACCUGUACUCGUUCUGUGGAUCUUCAGCUCGGAGCUACAGGCCUCUACGAGCCUCAGGCUUCUGAUUCACCUAAAUUUGCUGCUGUUUCCUGGUAAAUAUUCUCAUCACCGCUCCAUAUCGUCUUGUAAGACAUAUCGCAUGCAGGCUAAUCAGUAUUCGAUUUUGUGGC